AUGAUGUCCUAUAUUAAACAACCUCACUAUGCAGUGAAUGGACUGACAUUAGCUGGUACAGGAAUGGAUCUACUGCACUCAGCCGUAGGCUAUCCAGGUAGGUCUUCUACUGCCUUCAUACCGACAUCGUGCUUAUAGUUAAAAUUCAUUCUGGGAUUACGGAACGUGCAUCCAUCCUAAUGAUAUGGGCCAACAAUUGCGAUAUGGGGGAUACAUGGUAAUGAUAUGGGCCAACAAUUGUUAUAUGGGGGGAUGCAUCGUAAUGAUAUGGGCCAACAAUUAUUAUAUGUGAGAUACAUCUUAAUGAUAUUGGCCAACAAUUAUUAUAUGGAAAUAUGCUGUCAUUAAUAAUUUUCAGGAUUAAACAUUUUUGUUAGGUUUAAAAUGUAGUAAUUAAAUAUAUAUCAUAAGCAAUUAAUUUCUAUUAUAUAUUAAAAUUAAUUCAUGCCCAAGAUCUGUCCAAACGUAUGUAUAAGUUUAUAAAGUAAAUUGUAAAAUAGUAAAAAAAAAAAAUCUUUAAACAAUUGCUUUUUAAGUUUAAGCUAUUUGACCUCCGUAUUUGGCCAACAUAUAUAACCUGAAAUAAAUCGAUAGGAUGAUAAAAAAAAAUGAAAAUUAUAAUUCAAUAACAUUAUAAACUUUUAGUUAAAAGAUAACGUUUCAAUGUUUACUAAUGGAACACCCCUAUAAAUCCCAAUCCUUACUUUUGGUAAUUAAGUUUAAAAAGAAUGUCCUAACAAAGUAACUAAGGAUCAGACUAAAAUCUGUACUAUAAAAUGUAAAUUAAAUGACCGUGAGGAAAAUCAAUGCAAUUUUAUUUAUGCUAAGAAUACAAAUUUUUUAAAUUGUUUAAAAAUAAUGAAUUAUAGUUUAAACCUGGAUAUUUGUUGUUAAUUCUAAAUGUUUGAAACACUUUAUUCUGGAACCGGUCAGAACCCUGAAUUGUAUACGUUUGUUCUGGGGCAGUUUAUAUACUGAAAGUCCAGUUCGGUCUCCAUUAUAUUAUGAAACCAUUAAUAAAGAUAUUUUAUAAAUGAUAUAUUAUAAAAAUACACUACAUAUCACUAUCACAAAAUCAUUAACCUGGAAUUUUUUUUGUAUGAAUUUGUACUAUUAUCUGCAGGAUCUGUUUAAUUAGGUUUUGGUAAAUAUUUGUGUCUGAGUUUGAAAGACUAAUUAGUGCAGUUAAUCAUAUCAAUUAAGUGAUUUCUUUAAUAAGUUUAUCUUCUGCAUCAUGAAGGCAGCCAACUUUGAAAAGGACUACAUAAAUUGUUAGUUUUUAUCAUUCCCUGAAAACCUGUUAAGCUGAAAUUGAUUAUGCAAAUUGCAUAAUUAGAAGAGUGAAUAAGGGAAAGGAGAUAGGGGUUCUUUUUUGUAUUGUUUUUUUAGUUAGUAAAUGUUCUAGUAUACAGACUUCCAUGUUAUAUUAUACCGGUGUUAAAACACUUAUCUGCAAUGCAUAGUGCAACCCGGCAAAUAAAGAAUUAAUAGACUGAGUGCUAGCUCCCGGGGAGAUGUGACAGGAUAUACAUACAGUAAUGUGAUAUAUACACAAUUUCCAGUUUGAUUUAGACUCUAAUACUAGGUAUUUUCAAUCAUCUACUAUCCUUCACAUUGCCUUUCCUUUCUAUAACUUCUCUCCUUCAUUCUCAGCUACUCCCCGGAAACAGAGACGAGAACGGACAACUUUUACCAGAGCUCAGCUGGAUAUAUUGGAAGCCCUUUUUGCUAAAACCCGGUACCCGGACAUCUUUAUGAGAGAGGAGGUGGCUCUAAAGAUAAAUCUGCCCGAGUCACGAGUACAGGUAAUAAGCUUACUCAGCCACAAUGGCUUCUAUUGAUAAGUGCCCCAUGUCGUGCAAAGUGUUUAUCUUGGUAUAUUUAUGCAUUAUUGUAAUUGCUGUACAGAUACAUUUAAUUUGAAAGGUUUUUUUGCAAUCACUAUCUCAAAUGAUAUCACUAUCUCUCGAUGUCCUCCUAAGAACUGCUUUAUAGAAAUUAACACAAUACUCUAGGUGAGAUCUUACUAGGGAUCUAUAAAGUACUAUCACUACCUCUCUAUGUCCUCCUGGGAUCUGCUCUAUAGAACUGAACACAAUACUCUAGGUGAGAUCUUACCGGGGAUCUAUAAAGUACUAUCACUACCUCUCUAUGUCCUCCUGGGAUCUGCUCUAUAGAACUGAACACAAUACUCUAGGUGAGAUCUUACCGGGGAUCUAUAAAGUACUAUCACUACCUCUCUAUGUCCUCCUGGGAUCUGCUCUAUAGAACUGAACACAAUACUCUAGGUGAGAUCUUACCGGGGAUCUAUAAAGUACUAUCACUAUCUCUCGAUGUCCUCCUAAGAACUGCUUUAUAGAAAUUAACACAAUACUCUAGGUGAGAUCUUACCAGGGAUCUAUAAAGUACUAUCACUACCUCUCUAUGUCCUCCUGGGAUCUGCUCUAUAGAACUGAACACAAUGCUCUAGGUGAGAUCUUACCGGGGAUCUAUUAAGUACUAUCACUACCUCUCUAUGUCCUGGGAUCUGCUCUAUAGAACUGAACACAAUACUCUAGGUGAGACCUUACCAGGAUCUAUAAAGUACUAUCACUACCUCUCUAUGUCCUCCUGGGAUCUGCUCUACAGAACUGAACACAAUGCUCUAGGUGAGAUCUUAUUAGGAAUGUAUUAAAUAGUGGUAGGGUAAAUUAAGGUUUUAUCAUUAAUCUUCAUCCAUUUAUAUAAAAAUAAUUUAUAACUCCAAUUUGUCUGUUCUUCUCAACCUUUGAUUUAGGUUUGGUUUAAGAAUAGACGGGCCAAAUGUCGCCAGCAGCAGCAGCAGAGCAGUGGACAAGCUAAACCUCGGCCUACAAAGAAGAAAACGUCCCCAGCACGAGAGACUAACUCAGAGGCCAGCACCAAUGGCCAAUACAGCCCUCCACCUCCUGGAACAGCAGUGACCCCUAGCUCUUCAGCUAGCGCCACUGUUUCUAUAUGGAGUCCAGCCUCAAUCUCUCCAAUCCCGGACCCUCUGUCUGCAGGCACAACCCCCUGCAUGCAAAGAUCUGCCGGGUAUCCCAUGACAUACAGCCAGGCUCCAGCCUACACCCAGAGCUAUGGGGGGUCAUCAUCUUAUUUCACUGGUCUAGACUGUGGCUCCUACUUAUCUCCUAUGCACCCACAGUUGUCAGCUCCUGGGGCCACACUAAGUCCGAUUGCCACCCCUACCAUGGGUAGCCAUCUAAGUCAGUCUCCGGCAUCACUUUCUGCACAGGGAUAUGGGGCUUCCAGCCUUGGCUUCACCUCAGUGGAUUGCUUAGACUACAAAGACCAAACGGCCUCUUGGAAGCUUAAUUUCAAUGCCACUGACUGCCUUGAUUAUAAGGACCAGAGCUCUUGGAAAUUCCAGGUUUUGUGA